UGAAAGAAGUUAUAUAAAGGGUUUUGAAUCCCAUUAGAUUGGUUUAAGGGUUUGUGAGUUUGAGAGGUUAAGAGAAGUAGAGAUAUUGCAUUGACCGGAAGCUAGUUCAAACUAGUGGAAGGUUGGGUGCAGAGCAGCUGCUGCAGAGUUCAAGAAAUUGGUUGAAAUGGCUCGUGGGAAGGUUCAAUUGAAGAGGAUUGAGAACCCUGUGCACAGGCAAGUGACGUUCUGUAAGCGCCGAGCUGGGCUGCUUAAGAAGGCUAAGGAGCUGUCUGUGUUGUGCGAUGCUGAAAUUGGAGUCUUCAUUUUCUCCGCCCAUGGAAAGCUCUAUGAACUCGCCACUAAAGGAACCAUGCAAGGGCUUAUUGAAAGGUACAUGAACCACACCAAUGGGAGUCAGCCACCAGAGCCACCCAUAGACAACCAAACCCUG